GCUGGAAGAACUCUGCCUGCCUGCCCUCCCUCCCUCCUUACUUCCCUCCCCAUCCUCCUUUUUUUUUUUUUUCAUUGUUUCUGGAAGUUUCCUUAUUGUUUUUGAGACAGGACCUCCACCCAUGUCCUGGCUGUCCUCACCUCUUCCAGCUGGAAAACCGGAUGCCCAUUUUGACCAAGAGAUUAAAUUCAUCUCUACUCAUUUUGCAUGGUUGCAAAGAAAAUAAAGCCAAGUUUACAAGGAUCUGCAACCCUUCCUGGAGAGCUAGGCUGAGCUCCUGAGGCCCUUAACUCAUUCACUUCCAGAGUUCAACCCACAGGCGGCAGCCGGUCCUCCCCUUUCUCCCUAAAGUUCAAUUCCUGGCCAUUUCAGAGAAUUCCAGGAAGUCAUUAAAAAGAAACCAGAGAAAGGGCAGAAUCAUGAAAGGGUGUUCAUCCUAUCUAAUAUACUCCCUUGGGGGACUUUUGUCCCUAUGGAUUCUUGGUGUGUCUUCCACAAACCAAUGUACUGUGAGACAUGAGGUAGCUGACUGCAGCCAUCUGAAGCUGACACACAUCCCCGCCGACCUUCCUGCCAACAUAACAGUGCUGAAUCUUACCCACAACCAACUCAGAAGCUUACCACAUACCAAUCUUACAAGAUACAGCCAACUUGCUAUCUUGGAUGCAGGAUUUAACACCAUCUCAAAACUGGAGCCUGAACUGUGCCAAACACUCCCUUUCUUGAAAGUCUUGAACCUCCAACACAAUGAGCUGUCUCAGAUUUCCGAUAAAACUUUCAUCUUCUGCAGGAACCUGACAGAACUCUACCUAAUGUCUAACUCAAUACACAAAAUUAAAAGCAACCCUUUCAGAAACCAAAAGAGUUUAAUCAUAUUAGAUCUGUCGCAUAAUGGCUUAUCAUCUACAAAGUUGGGGACUGAGGUCCAACUGGAAAACCUCCGGGAACUCCUCUUAUCGAAAAAUAAAAUCCUUGCACUAAGAAGUGAAGAACUUGAUUUUCUUGGCAAUUCUUCUUUACAGAAGUUGGACUUAUCAUCCAAUUCACUCAAAGAGUUUUCUCCAGGGUGUUUUCAUGCAAUUGGCAAGUUAUCUGCUCUCCUUUUGAACAACGCUCAACUAGACCACCAGCUCACAGAGAAGCUUUGUUGGGAACUUUCAGGCACAAGCAUCCAGAAUCUCUCUCUGGCUAACAAUCAGCUUCUUGCAACCAGAGACACCACGUUGUCUGGACUGAAUCGGACAAAACUCACCUGGCUUGACCUUUCCUACAACAGCCUCCGCGAUAUCGGUAACGAUUCCUUCUCUUGGCUCCCACACCUCAGGUACCUGUCUCUGGACUACAAUAAUAUCCAGAGUUUGUCUUCUCGCUCUUUUUACGGACUUUCCAAUCUGAGGUACCUGAAUUUGAAGCGAGCGUUUACUAAACAAAGUAUUUCCCUUGCUUCACACCCCAAGAUCGAGGAUUUUUCCUUUCAGUGGCUAAAAUGUUUGGAAUAUCUCAACAUGGAUGAUAAUAAUAUUCCUAGUACAAAAAGCAAUACGUUCACGGGCUUGGUGAGUCUGAAGUACCUAAGUCUUUCCAAAACUUUCAUAAGUUUGCAAACUUUAACCAAUGAAACAUUCGUGUCCCUUGCUCAUUCUCCUUUGUCCACCCUCAAUUUAACGAAAAACCACAUCUCAAAAAUAGCGAGCGGUGCUUUCUCUUGGUUGGGCCAACUCAGGAUUCUUGAUCUUGGCCUUAAUGAAAUUGAGCAAGAACUCACAGGCCAGGAGUGGAAAGGUCUGAGAAAUAUAUUUGAGAUCUACCUGUCCUAUAACAAAAAUCUCCAACUGACUAGCAAUUCCUUUGCUUUGGUUCCCAGUCUUCAACGGCUGAUGCUCAGGAGGACAGCACUUAAAAAUCUGGAGCUGUCCCCUUCGCCUUUCCGCCCGCUUGGUAACUUGACCAUUCUCGACUUAAGCAACAACAACAUAGCCAACAUAAACGAGGACUUGUUGGAGGGUCUUGAGAAUCUCGAAAUUCUGGAUAUUCAGCACAACAACUUAGCAAGGCUCUGGAAGCAUGCAAACCCUGGUGGUCCUGUCAAUUUCCUGAAGGGCCUAUCUCACCUCCAUAUCCUGAAUCUAGAAUCUAACGGCUUUGAUGAAAUCCCAGUCGCGGUGUUCAAGCACUUAUUUGAGCUGAAGAGCAUCAAUCUAGGGCUGAAUAAUUUGAACGUACUUCUACCGUCUACUUUUGAUGACCAGACGUCUCUAAGGGCAUUGAAUCUUCAGAAGAACCUCAUCACGUCAGUUGAGAAAGAUGUUUUUGGGCCAGCUUUCCAGAACCUGAAUAGUUUAGAUAUGAGCUUUAAUCCAUUCGAUUGUACGUGUGAAAGUAUUGCCUGGUUUGUGAACUGGAUUAACCAGACCCACACUAACAUCGCUGAGCUACGCACUCAUUACCUCUGCAAUACUCCACCUCAGUACCAUGGCUUCCCAGUGAUGCUUUUUGAUACAUCAUCCUGUAAAGACAGCGCCCCGUUCGAACUCCUUUUCAUGAUUAGUACCACUGGACUCAUGGUUUUUAUACUUUCGGCGUUGCUCGUUCACUUUGAGGGCUGGAGGAUAUCUUUUUACUGGAAUGUCGUAGUACACCGGGUUCUCGGUUUCAAGGAAAUCGAAGCACAGCCUGAACAGUUUGAAUACACAGCAUACAUCAUCCAUGCCUAUAAAGACAGAGACUGGGUUUGGGAACACUUCUCCCCAAUGGAAGAACAAGACCAAACUCUUAAAUUUUGUCUAGAAGAAAGGGACUUUGAAGCAGGUGUCCUGGGACUUGAAGCCAUCGUCAAUAGCAUCAAAAGAAGCAGAAAAGUCAUUUUCGUUAUAACAAAUCAUCUAUUAAAUGACCCUCUGUGCAGAAGAUUCAAGGUCCAUCAUGCAGUUCAGCAAGCCAUUGAGCAAAAUCUGGAUUCAAUUAUAUUGAUUUUUCUUCAGAAUAUUCCAGAUUAUAAACUAAACCACGCACUCUGCUUGCGAAGAGGAAUGUUUAAGUCUCGCUGCAUCUUGAACUGGCCAGUUCAAAAAGAACGGAUAAGUGCCUUUCAUCAUAAACUGCAAGUAGUACUUGGGUCACGGAAUUCAGUGCAUUAAAUUGUUUGUGUAGAUUAAGUUGAUAAGGGGAUAGAUCCAAUUUAUAAAGGGCCAUCAAAAAUCCGAGUUUUACUUGAAAGUUUUGUAUGUUUAUUUAUAUGCAUAGAUGGCGAUGUUGUAUCAUAAUCAAAUCUCGUUUUUUGAAAUGUUUUUUUUAUUUCUGGUCACUUGUCAAAAACUGGUUUAUUUAUCCAUCCACUCCAAAUAAAUACCUGGGGAUCUAAGAGCAUCCUCUAUUAAUAUGAAUUCACAGUUGAUUUCUGAAGUGUAUCAUGCCUUCUAGGGGGUUCUAAAAUUGUCUUUAUAUGAGUAAAACUGAGAGUUUUAUAGGUGUGUGUGUGUAUGCGUGUGUGCGUGUAUUUUUUAAAUAUGAAGUUUUACCAUGUAACUCUGGCAACCUGGAAAUUACUAUGCCAGAGUCUGGCCUUGAACUCAUGAAAUCAUAAAGAUCUGCCUGCCUCUAUCUUGAUGCUUUUUUCUUUUCUUCUUCUUCUUCUUCUUCUUCUUCUUCUUCUUCUUCUUCUUCUUCUUCUUCUUCUUCUUCUUCUUCUUCUUCUUCUUCUUCUUCUUCUUUUUCUGAUACAAGACUUCUUUCUCUGUUUAACAGCCCUAGCUGUGUUGAAACUAGCUCUUGAAGACCAGGUUGGCCUCAAACUCACAGAGAUCCGCCUACCUCUGCGCAAGUGCUGGGAUUAAAGGUGUGCGCCACCACUGCCCUGCUUGAGUGAUGUUUUUAAAGGCAUGCAACACCAAAUUCAGUAAAUGAGAUUUUAUAAUACUCACAUUUUGAGAUAUUUAUAGAAUGCAAGAUAAUUGCUUUUAUGGUACAAGGCUACUUCAAUGCUAAGAAGAGUAAAAAUAUUUAGAAACAGUUGGUUUUUUUUCAGUUGAAAAGCUUUGUAUUUUAUUUGAUGUUUAUUUUGAUAGAUGUUAGGUAGCUUUUAAAUCUGCAUGCCCAAUAGCAGAAUAUUUUCAUAAUCUUCAUGGUGUAACAGGCACUCAGAUGUUAACAUGACUGUCUCCAUAAUGGAAGUACCAUUUAGGCCAUAAAAUUCAGCAUGAGGACAGCACCAUCAGCCAAGAUGAAAACAAAGACCUAAUUCAUCACAGUUCUGGGAAAUUCUCUAAAUGCAGUAACCUUGCUUUUUUGGCUUCUGUAGUUCUGCUUCUGGCUAACUACUCCUAACUGAAGUAUGUCAACACAGAAUAUGUUCUUUAUGCUUAAAAGCUCACUCUGAGAAUGGCUUGAAGCUAUCCACACUGGUAUCCCAAACACUGAGCGUGGUCACUGGUUUGCUAAUAAAGACUUUCUAUUGGCUUAAA